CCUUCCUUCCCCACGGCCGGCCGCCUCCUCGCCCGCCCGCCCUCCCGCAGCCCAGGAGCCGAGGCUGCCGCGGCCGUGGCGGCGGAGCCCUCAGCCAUGGCCUCGGGCGACACCCUCUACAUCGCCACGGACGGCUCCGAGAUGCCCGCCGAGAUCGUGGAGCUGCACGAGAUCGAGGUGGAGACCAUCCCGGUGGAGACCAUCGAGACCACGGUGGUGGGCGAGGAGGAGGAGGAGGACGAGGACGACGAGGACGGCGGCGGGGGCGACCACGGCGGCGGCGGCGGCGGCGUUGGCCACGGGCACGCCGGCCACCACCACCACCACCACCACCACCACCACCACCACCACCCGCCCAUGAUCGCCCUGCAGCCGCUCGUCACCGACGACCCGACCCAGGUGCACCACCACCAGGAGGUGAUCCUGGUGCAGACGCGCGAGGAGGUGGUGGGUGGCGACGACUCGGACGGGCUGCGCGCCGAGGACGGGUUCGAGGACCAGAUCCUCAUCCCGGUGCCCGCGCCGGCCGGCGGCGACGACGACUACAUCGAGCAGACGCUGGUCACCGUGGCGGCGGCCGGCAAGAGCGGCGGCGGCUCGUCGUCGGGCGGCGGCCGCGUCAAGAAGGGCGGCGGCAAGAAGAGCGCCAAGAAGAGUUACCUGGGCGGCGGGGCCGGCGCGGCGGGCGGCGGCGGCGCCGACCCGGGCAACAAGAAGUGGGAGCAGAAGCAGGUGCAGAUCAAGACCCUGGAGGGCGAGUUCUCCGUCACCAUGUGGUCCUCGGAUGAAAAAAAAGAUAUUGACCAUGAAACAGUGGUUGAAGAGCAGAUCAUUGGAGAGAACUCACCUCCUGAUUAUUCUGAAUAUAUGACAGGCAAGAAACUCCCUCCUGGAGGGAUACCUGGCAUUGACCUCUCAGACCCCAAGCAAUUGGCAGAAUUUGCUAGAAUGAAGCCAAGGAAAAUUAAAGAAGAUGAUGCUCCAAGAACAAUAGCUUGCCCUCAUAAAGGCUGCACAAAGAUGUUCAGGGAUAACUCUGCUAUGAGAAAGCAUCUGCACACCCACGGUCCCAGAGUCCACGUCUGUGCAGAAUGUGGCAAAGCGUUCGUUGAGAGCUCAAAGCUAAAACGACACCAGCUGGUUCAUACUGGAGAGAAGCCCUUUCAGUGCACAUUCGAAGGCUGUGGGAAGCGCUUUUCACUGGACUUCAAUUUGCGCACGCACGUGCGAAUCCAUACCGGAGACAGGCCCUAUGUGUGCCCCUUCGACGGUUGUAAUAAGAAGUUUGCUCAGUCAACUAACCUGAAAUCUCACAUCUUAACACAUGCUAAAGCCAAAAACAACCAGUGAAAAGAAGAGAGAAGACCCUUCUCGACCACGGGAAGCAUCUUCAGGAGUAUGAUUGGGAAUAAAUAUGCCUCUCCUUUGUAUAUUAUUUCUAGGAAGAAUUUUAAAAAUGAAUCCUACACACCUAAGGGACAUGUUUUGAUAAAGUAGUAAAAAUUUAAAAAAUACUUUAAUAAGAUGACAUUGCUAAGAUGCUCUAUCUUGCUCUGUAAUCUCGUUUCAAAAACAAGGUGUUUUUGUAAAGUAUGGUCCCAAUAGGAGGACAGUUCAUGAACUUCGCAUCAAAAGACAAUUCUUUAUACAACAGUGCUAAAAAUGAGACUUCUUUUCACAUUCUUAUAAAUAUGAAGCUCACCUGUUGCUUACAAUUUUUUUAAUUUUGUAUUUUCCAAGUGUGCAUAUUGUACACUUUUUGGGGAUAUGCUUAGUAAUGCUGUGUGAUUUUUCUGGAGGUUGAUAACUUUGCUUGCGGUAGAUUUUCUUUAAAAGAAUGGGCAGUUACAUGCAUACUUCAAAAGUAUUUUCCUGUACAAAAAAAAAAGUUAUAUAGGUUUUGUUUGCUAUCUUAAUUUUGGUUGUAUUCUUUGAUGUUAACACAUUUUGUAUAAUUGUAUCGUAUAGCUGUAUUGAAUCAUGUAGUAUCAAAUAUUAGAUGUGAUUUAAUAGUGUUAAUCAAUUUAAACCCAUUUUAGUCACUUUUUUUUUCCAAAAAAAAAAAAAUACUGCCAGAUGCUGAUGUUCAGUGUAAUUUCUUUGCCUGUUCAGUUACAGAAAGUGGUGCUCAGUUGUAGAAUGUAUUGUACCUUUUAACACCUGAUGUGUACAUCCCGUGUAACAGAAAGGGCAACAAUAAAAUAGCGAUCCUAAAGAAAGAUUAUGGCAGAAAGAGAUCUGUAAGCACAGCCUUAUUUUCUUCUGUUGUCCAGAAUACUUAUAAUUCUUGAGCCUCCCAGAAAUUGGAAGCUAAAUAAAGCAACUCGAGUUUCCUUUAUUUUGCACUCAGUGACAGUGACUGUGAUGAGAUCCGUGCAUGGACACUUAAUAUUUCCUACACGCCCUGAACUCUGAAAGAGUAGGCAGUAGGCGCCCCAAGCUAAGGAAGUACCUCAGAGUACAGCAGAUGGCCCAUGGCUACCAGGGUUGCCCUUGACAUCCUGGUGCGUGCGGGAGUGGUGCGUGUGGUAGGUAGGGCCUGAUGCUUUCUGGAGGGAAGGCACCAACUGGCAGUGCGUGCACUCAGGGAGGACGGGCCUGCCUUCUCAUCACUCAGGCUGCCUGCAAGGGCAGUGGCUCCUUGGCUUGUCCAAUAGGAAAUCCAGCGCAGUCCUUAUUAGAUGCUAGCAGAUGUAGCAAUUGAGUGCCAGUAGCUGUUUAAUGCUUGUAAGCACACUAAGUGCAGAGCGGCAAGGCGAUUAGAUUAUUAGAAAGUUGUACUCAGUGAGUACUUGACUUGUCAUGUUGUGACCUCUUCAAUGUAUAAUUUUUGGAUUUUACUUAGAGUCAAAUACCAGACUUGUUAAAUAUUUUAUAAACUGCCGUGAUACAUCAAAAUCUCAUUUAUUCAAAAUGCAAACCUAACUGUCUGUCUUUCUGUGCUGAAUGCUUAACUACAAGGUAAAUGACAAACCAAUACCAGAUCUAGUCACAAAGAGGCCGGGAGACUAACACAUAGCCCAAUUUCUUACGGCCUCACCAGGAGGAUUGGUGACCUAGAAACAGUGACCCUGUGGCUCUGUGGAAUUUUGAAGUGCCUUCUGAACCAUAAAUGAAAAUCGUAACCUGGGACACUUGUUUUUAUUCGUCCAGAAUCUGUUAUCCAAUGAGUAGUUGACGGCACUGUGCUCAUCAGCAGACCCAGCUGUGCUUGGAUGACAGGAGAGAGGUAAGCAAGUGCCCCGUGUGGUUCUCUGCCAGGCCCGGGCAGAAGCGCCCAGGCCUUUGCUCCCUACCAUCAGGCUGAGCUUUCCCAAAUGCCCUGCAGCAGGAGUCCAGAGCCACGCUGCCCUCCCUCACCCAGUGUCCUGCCACCCUUGAGUCUGGCCCUGGCACCUCCUCAAGACCCUUGCCCAAGGCUCCACAGCAGAGCAGAUCUGUGCUGUGGGAAGGCCUGCCAGCCACCCGGAGAGUCGGGCCUGUGUAUGGAGUGAGGCCUCAUCCUCUGUGCCUUGAUUCCUUGGGAGAUGCCCUUGGCCAUCUCUUUUUUGUCCCUUCCUGUCUGAGUGGAACAGUCAUCGUCUUCGCCCUUUCUGUGUUAGCCUUAUCUUGUCAGUGUGCAGUUAACUUCUGUUAGGAGUUCAUUUGGGGUUCAAAGACAGCUUGGUAUGCAGGUCCUUGCUGACUGCAAUUUGGGCUUAGGACAACAGCAUAGGGAACUAACAUGAGUGGCAGUGGCCAGAGGAAAGCUGCUUCUCUCAUUGGCUUUGGUUUGACUUAAACCCAUUUUGCUUGUUAGAACCUAUUAUUUUGUUAUAGAUGUAAUUUACUAAAAUUUGAAAUGCCGUUCUAACAGUGAGUCCAUUGUCUAGAGAACUGAUCUGAUUUAUAAGUAAUACUGAUAGACCUAUUUUCUUACAUCUGAGCAGAAAUAAAUGCAUGUUUUUAGCAAAUGUAAUGUAAAAACUCCAGAGGAUAAGUUUACACCUAAUAAGAUGUUGUUUUCUAUUUUUGAAUUUGUUACUUGCCCCUCUUUGGUAGUGGGGUUGGGGGCAUAUUAUCUAUACAGAGCUGUCACUCCAGAGUGACGUUUAUUUCCCACAGAGAUGCUGAACUCCGCCGUGCUGGUCCCAUGCGAUGUGUGUACUUUGCCCAGACUCCAGGCCGGAGGAGCUGAGGAAAACCCAAGACUUUUUUUCCCUAUUUGGUUUCCAUGCACAGGUUCUUCUGAAUGCCACUUGUUUUGCUAAGUUUGGGACUGUAAGACCCUUUGAGGGAAUGAUGUGUGCAAUGCUUGCCUGUAUUUCUAGGCAGAGUUGUACUUAUGUCUUCACAGAAAUAAGAACCUACUGUCAGUGAGGUGUGCGGUGCUCCAGGGGUUACGGUGCUGGCCUGGCUUAGCACCCACCCGCCUUCCACUCUGCAGGACUCACCUGUGGUAUAACCUCAGAUCACUCACACUAGAAUGUGUAUGUCUAUGACCCAGGAAAUCUUGCCCCUAAUUUCACCCACUCUCCACCACAGGCAGAGAGACCUGACUGCUUCUACCUUUCCUCUGUGCUCCACAAUUGGCAUGAUUCUGUCAGUCUGCAGUGUUCGUGUUUAUUCUCUCAACAUCUAGCCUACAGCAAGAGCAGGGACUUCAGGGGUCAGGAAAAGGGGUGAGCAGAGUUGCCAGUAGAUGCCAUGACUACUAAAAAGGCUUUGUCCUUGCAGUCCCUUGGUGUCAGUGUGACUUCAGCACCUCUUCAAAGUCCAGGCCUAGCAGGACCUGGCAGGUGCACUCCACCCAAGAUUCCAGCUGACUCUAGAAGUCAGAACUCUGAGGCAUAUUGCUCGCUUGCAGCUCUGAGUGAACACCUUCAUCCUGCUCUUUGGCUGGUCAGAACAAAAGGUACUUACUUCAUGCUUCGAAUCACUCACCUCCCAGCAGCAUUGACUGGACAGACUGGUUGGGUCUCCAAAGUGCUGACCUCUUCCUCCACUUGUCGGUUUUCUCAGGGUGUGCUUAAGUACAGGCCCUUUGGAUGGGAGUGGCACCAGGCGGGAGAGGAUAGGUGUGUGGCUAAGAGGCUUCCUGGCAUCGUCUUUGGGCCUAAUUGGUCUGUAUCGUGCCAGGAAGGUCAUCCUCUAGCUGGACAUUAUUUAGACUUUAUAGGAAGGGUGAGUGGCAGUUGUGAACAAAUGUUACUCUGUUCCUUAUAAAGGGAGAAUUGGAGCUUGAAUGUUGGCAGCAGGUCAUUAGGCAGGUGCACCUCACACAGGCAAGUACAAGGUAUGCCCAGCCAACAUUCUGGAGUCCAUUGAGGGAAGGGGAUGUAUUAAUUGGCGGCAGGUUUGAUGACACUAUUUAAGGCCACUCAUACACCCUAAGAAAUGACAUUGGGGAUGGGUGACUUUGCCGGGUUGUCUACCUCCCUGCCUGGGGCCACAUGGUGUCCACAUACAUAGCAUAAUGGAGGGGAGAAGGCGUCAGUACCAGAGUCACCUCUUUGAUAAUGCCAGCAGCUAGCAUUAGACUGAUGUCUUCAAAUGACAAGAAAAGCUGUGUUUUCAUUUUCUGGGAACUCCUAUAGGCCCUGGCUCAAGGACUUUGCAUUGUGUGUCAUGUACAUCUUUUUAAGUGUUCUUUGCUGUUCUGGAAUUGUCCUUGGUUUUUCCUUAGCUCAUAGAUCAUAGACACAGAAAUAUUAUAGUAUUUAAAGCAUUCGCAUCAAGCAUCAGAUGGCUUCGCAUCCAGGAAAACAUGAUUACUCAGUUUGAAGCACCAAGCAUGUGUAACAUGGCUCUAUACAAUACAAUAAACGCUAAUGUUAAGCUUU